AAUGGGGUUGUUCAAUUUUCUUUCCUUUCUUUUACGUUCGCCUCAGCCCUCAGGCCAUCAGCAGUUCCAAGUUCUACCUUCCACCCUCCAAAUUCUGGAGUAUCAAAAUUACGCAUUCAAAUUCGGUAUUUCCAUUAAAAUUUAUGCUUAACAAUCUCUUCGACGCACGCAAACCGCAGGUUCUGAGUGUCUGUCGAACUUGGGUUUCGACUCAUUCUUUGCUGGCUUUCACAUGGAUCCGCCAAGUUCUUGGGACUCCUUGCGAAAGCAGGCAAGGAAGCUCGAAGCUCAGCUUGAUGAGCAAAUGCAUUUAUAUCGUAAAUUAGUCAGCACAAAAGUUGAGAAUGCUGCAGACAAUGAUCUUGAAAGUGGGAUAGAACAGUUACUGAAACAGCUCCAACAAGUCAACUCUCACAUGCAUUCUUGGGUCUCAUCUGGAGGAUCUGAAUUUUUUUCACACACAUUGACUCGCCAUCAAGAAAUCCUUCAGGAUCUUACUCAGGAAUUUAAUCGUCUCCGUUCGAGCUAUAGAGCUAAAAAGGAACAUGCCUCAUUGCUUGAUGAUUUUAGGGAGUUUGAUCACAGUAAUUUGGAUCUGGAAGAUGAUAACAAUGGUUCUUAUGAGCAAGCACUCCUUAAUGAGCGUGCUUCCCUACACCGGAACACAGGGCAGAUGGAUGGUGUGAUUUCUCAAGCACAAGAAACUAUAAAGGCACUUGUGUAUCAACGGUCAACAUUUGGUGGCAUUAAUUCAAAGCUUAGCAAUGUCAGCAGUCGGCUUCCAACAGUUAAUCACAUUAUGUCAGCGAUCAAAAAGAGAAAGUCAAUGGAUACCAUCAUUCUUUCGUUAGUUGCCUCAGCGUGCGUGUUUCUCAUCCUGGUUUAUUGGUUGACAAAAUGAAAAGGUCCGUGAAGUCAGCAUAUAUGUUGCACGGACACAAAAAUACAAGAAUAAAGAAGUUGGGAGCAUACCACGGGGAUAUGAACUUUUUAAAUGGAGAAACAGUUCAAUCUUUUAUUGACCCUCCCGACAAGGUUUCAAUUGCGAAAAUGUUAUUUUUGCAGAUAUUGAGUACGUAGUACUUCGUAUAACAUAAGUCACUAUUAAUAAAAAAACAACAGUGACGGACCCACUAAGGAUCCCACGGGUCCCGGGACCCCACGUGCCGCAAAAAAUACCUAUAU